AUGUUUGCUCGAAAGGUUAAAAAUGGUGGGACUGGAUUCGACCAACGCCCAAGGACCGGACUGAACCGAAAUGCACAUAAGGUUUUAUAAGCAUUUUGUCGGCUGAUUCUGCUGUCUCUGAGGCUUGUCAUCUCUAGAAGCUAACGAAGAUGGUUCUACAAAACGAUAUUGAUCUGCUAAACCCACCAGCUGAGCUUGAGAAGAGGAAGCACAAACUCAAGCGUCUUGUUCAGUCCCCCAACUCUUUUUUCAUGGAUGUGAAGUGCCAAGGAUGCUUUAACAUUACGACGGUGUUCAGCCACUCGCAGACGGUUGUGGUGUGUGGAAACUGCCAGACUGUGCUGUGCCAACCCACAGGAGGAAAGGCUAGGCUCACUGAAGGUUGCUCUUUCAGGAAAAAGUGAAACAAGAUGGCUCCAGCAACUCUCAUCCUUUUAGUUUCUUUUAUGGUUUUUGGAUAAUAUCUUUUGAGCUAGUAUACUUUAUAUGUUGAUGACUUUAGUUCUAAACUAUGGAUCUUUAUGUUUUAAGUAAAAGUUCGUGAGCUUAUUCCUCCAA